AUGGAUCGCCUCGAAUGUUCCGCAGUUUACAUCGACCACCGCGUGAGCGCGGAACGAUGGGUGCACCAAAAUACGUCCGACGGUGCGACGGCAGGCACAGGUGGUAACAUUACGCUUCCCGACGAACCCGAAUCACUGCAGACGGAUGUGCAACUUCUCCUAGAGGUCUGCAAGCGAAGUAUUCGCGGAUCGUGGCCGGAAGUGGCACCGCCAUCGCCAUCAUCCCUCCGCCGCGGUUUCACCUUUUCUUCCCAGUCGGAAGGAACAUUCGAUCUGAAGUUGUUAUCCGGAUUAUCUGCCGAUAUCCCAGUUCAGGAAUCUCCGAAUUUGAUUGUGCCAGUUGCCAUUCUGCGCUCGUCUUGGGCAACCCCAACGAGCAUCCCCGUUGACCCACAACCCAUCAACACGGCACCAGAACCGCAACAGAUCUCCAAAUGCCUCGACGCGGGUGCUAUUGAUGUCCUAGCAACUCCUUUGGACCGGGCUAGGGUGCAAGGGUUGGUUGUUCAUGCAUUCCGUGCGCGCAAGUCGGGCCUGAAGGAACAGUCGCGCUUCAUGUCCAGGAAAAAGCUUCGGAAGCACUCGUGGGUAGGCGUGCAUGAUGAACAGCCGUAUGCCUACCUCAGAGAGGCAAUGGUGUCCAAGCUCAUGAAGGGAAUCUGCAACCCCGAAGAUGUGAUCGAAGAGUUCCAGGAUCGGGAAUUGGAUAUCUCCCCAGAGCGAAAAGAAUACGUCCAAGAGCAGAUCGGGUAUUGGAGCUUUACCGCCCACGAAUUUUCGGAAGAUGAGCUCGUCUUCGGGGCCUGCCAAAUGCUGCAGCAUGCGUUCACAUUGCCGAAUCUAGAACAUUGGCAGCUGACACCGGGAGAGCUUCGCACCUUUCUGCUCGCUUGCCGCGCGUCUUACAACUCGUUUGUCCUCUAUCACAAUUUUCGACAUGCCAUCGAUGUUUUGCAGUCGGUUUUCUGCUUCCUGGUCCAUAUAGGCGCCCUGCCUCCCUACGGGACAGUCGCGCCAGGGCUUGAAACAAAAAGCCCUCUGGCCGCCAUCCUCACGCCCUUUGACACUCUCACCCUACUUAUAUCCGCCAUUGGUCAUGAUGUUGGCCACCCGGGCGUGAACAAUUUCUUCCUAGUGAAGCUGAACGCUCCUCUGGCACAGCUGUACAACGACAAUUCGGUUCUGGAAGCCUUCCAUUGUGCUGCCUUUUCCCAGAUCCUGCGCCGCUAUUGGCCCGCUGCGUUCAAAGACCGCCAGCUGCGUAAACUUUUGAUCAGCUCGAUCUUGGCGACGGACAUGGGCGUCCACCAGAAGUUCAUGGAGAGGCUGGGGUCGCUUCAGGAGAAGUUCGACGAGAACAACAGAACGCUGGACGGCUGGAAACCCCAGGAUAUAGAGAUGUACAAGACGCUCGUCUGCGGUCUGUUAAUCAAAUGUGCCGACAUUAGCAACGUGGCACGGCCGUGGGAUGUCGCGGAGCAAUGGACCAAGAUCUUACAAGAGGAGUUUGCCAAUCAAGGCGAGAUGGAAAAAGAGGUGGGGAUGGAGACCGCUUUGUUCGGUGGUCCACCUGAACUGGGAAAUAUCUACAAACUCGCCACGGGCCAGAUCGGGUUCAUGUCUAUCUUCGCUCUUCCUCUGUUUGAGGGCGUUGCCGACAUAAUCCCAGACAUGCGGUUCACUGUCGAGCAUAUCCGGAAUAAUCAGGCUAAAUGGCAUAUGUUGGCCGACGCUGAAAAGAGGAGAAUGACACUACAAAAUGACAGCUUGACCGACGAUAUUAUCUCUCCGCGUACCAGGAGCCCAGCCGGCAGCCUCAAGAGCCUCAAGGGCCUUCGGGCACCUUUGACCUCAACAGGUCCUGACUCUCCUGCCAAACCGUCGUUCCCGGCACAUGACGCAACUCGGCGUUCAAAAUCAGACUACUUCGGCCCUGUCCGCUCGUCACCGGGCUCCACCUCCCCAUCAUCGAGCUACAAUGAAAAUACCAUCAGUCCAGUCGUGUCACCGGACACUCCGGGGCCGUCGAUGGAUAUCACCGGCAGUCCGUUCCCGUCGGACACACCGUCCCGCAAGUCCUCAAGUGCAGUACCGGACCUCGCCAUGCUGUCCAUCUCUGGCGGCUCUCCAAACCGCAACCGAAGUGGGUCGAAUAGGGCUGCAUCUAACGGUAACCACUCAGGCGAUGAUGCUUCACAGUCGCGAGAUCCGGCAGUGGUGGCGGCCGUUAUAUUUGCCAACUCGAAAGCCAGCGACGAGACCCCUGAUCGCUCCAGCUAUCAAGAUGGCUCGGUAGACGGGGCUGCAGAGCGGCCAAGCAGCUCACGAAAUGGGCCGCAUGCCUAUCGUCGCCACCACGCCAACACUGGAUCUUCUGGACGCACUUCAGGGCCGUCAAACCGCAACAGUUGCACGCGAACCCACAGUGUCAGCACGUACAGCAACAACAUGACACCUAUCUCUCCUGCCACGAACGCUACCAGUUUCCUGGAUAGCAGCGAUGAGAAGGGAUUUUCUCAGGAUAGUGCUGGACGGAGCGACCAUGAAGAAAGCGACCAAGACAACGUACCCAUCGACGAUGGUCACCACCUUGGCACCCAGCCCACUGUGCACUCGCAAAUGGACGCAGCUGACAACUCCACGUCUCCACCACUGGCACUGGGCAGUGGACACGGCAGCUCCGCUCAAUCCACGACCACCACGACUGGCAGUCUCAAGAACGAGGGCCGAGGCCAAACGGUUGAGGAGCCUGAGCACACGUCCCGCCGAUUGCCCAAGCGUCGCAGUCGCAUUCGGUUAGCCUUCUGGAAGCGCAAAACCCAUCAUUCACCCACGCAUGAGCUGAGCGGUGAAUCAUGA